CGCGAAUCCGCCGCUACCCCGCACUCAUUCAUAAAAUGUACAAGCUCAUCCGUCGAAUCUCGAGCACAUUCCUUCCGAGGCCGGAUAGGCCGUGGAACGAUGAUGCGACGUCAAAUGCCCCGCAGAUUGGCAAGAAACGACGGAUGAGCGACGAUGAGGAGGUGCCGGCGCCGGCGAGCAUGAAGAAACAUAGGACAGGACUCCGGGCGGAGGACACCGUUAUCCUCGAGGAGCCCUCGGAAGAAACACAGGAGCAGGAAGGCACCACUGACGGCGUGAAGGAGGUCACAGAAGGUGUACGAGAGGUUGAGCUGGAGGACAACACCGAGGCAGAUGCGAGCGAGGAGCCAGUUACCACGGAGACUGCCGCCGCUGUACCACUGCCAGACUCGCCGGUCCUCGAAGCGCAAACGGAGACGAUCGAAAGCGUAUCGCCAGAGGCACUGGCUGAGGUCAAGGCGGAGGCCGCAGAACAUCCUGAAGAUAGCACGAUGGAGCCUGCAGCAUCAGAAGCAGGGGAAGAGAAGGCUGUUGAGAAGACUGGGACAGACACCGCGGAGGGCAUUGCCACAUCAGAUGCUACAUCGACGGCUGGCUUUGAUGUUGCCACACAUGCUACUACGUAUGAGACUGCUCUGGAGGGGGAGAAGGCGAGAGAGGCUGCUACGGAGGUUGCAUAAUGACUGAAUACCCGGUCGGAUCUAACAGCUAUCUUUGACUAUAUCUCACUGACGAUCGUACUGUUCAUACAAGGGAGUGUAUUUUGCUUAUACCUAGUGUAAUGUGUU